ACAGUGGUCCUCGCGGAGGAGAUGACAACUAGAAGAAGAUUGCCUGGGACUUGUGGAGUGCGAAAUAUUUUGUUUUUAGUAAAGGAAUAAUUCUGGGUUCAAUGAAUUUACAAUUCCUAACCAGUGAUGAGCUGGCUGCUAAAGUGGAUUCUUAUAGCAGCAGGGAUUCAACAGGCCUACUCCCAGACCCAGAAUUCCACUGCCAUGCUGCCCCUAGCAGAAUCCACAGACCUAGAGCCAUACAACCGGACCCAGUACUGCCACUGGCCCUGUGAGUGCCCCCUGGUCCCCCAUUCCUGCCCUUCAGGGGUGAGCUUGCUCAUGGAUGGCUGUGACUGCUGCAAGGCCUGCGCCAGGCAGGUGGGGGAGGAGUGCAACGAGGCAGACACUUGCGACUACCAUAAGGGAUUGUACUGCGAUUACAGCUCAGACAAGCCUAGGUACGAAAAAGGAGUGUGUGCAUAUAUGGUUGGCGUGGGCUGCGAGCAUGACGGUGUGAUCUACCGGAAUGGGCAGAGCUUCAAACCCAGCUGUAAAUACCAGUGUCUGUGUGUGAACGGGGCCAUCGGGUGCGUGUCCCUGUGUACGGACUCCCAGCCCCCCCGGGUGUGGUGCCAGAACUCAAGGAGGGUCAAGAUCCCAGGACGCUGCUGUGAACAGUGGAUCUGUGAUGAGCCCAAGAAGGGGAGGAAGACUGCUCCAAGACAUGCAGUGGAAGCUCUUCCUGUUGAGGCGAAGGGCCAGAGCAGGAACUGUGUGAUCCAGACAACCUCCUGGAGUAUCUGCUCUAAGACUUGUGGUCGAGGUCUGUCCCUGCGUGUCUCUAAUGCUAACAACAGGUGUGAGAUGGUAAAAGAGUCCCGCCUCUGCAACAUACGGCCCUGUGAGGUGGACAUCACCAAGCACAUCAAGCCAGGGAAGAAUUGUAUAAACAUCUACAGAGAAGAGCAGCCAAAAAACUUUACCAUCUCAGGCUGUGUCAGUAAGAAGUCUUACAGGCCUAAAUACUGUGGGGUCUGCGUGGCCACGGACCAUCGCUGCUGCAUUCCCUACAAGUCCAAGACCAUCGAUGUGGAGUUUAUGUGUCCCAACGGUGCCGUGUUCAUCUGGCAAGUCAUGUGGAUCAACGCCUGCUUCUGUAACCUCAGCUGCAAGAACCCCAAUGACAUCUUCGCCGAGCUGGAGAAUUACUAUGGCUACCCUGAGAUCGUGAACUGAGACAUUUCAAUAAUAAGCCAUGCUCUUAUUAUGGGCUCUAUUCAAUCAGAUCUGCUUAGCCAACAUCCGCAUAGCAGUUGUUUUGAUGGUGUUAGAGGUGGAACUGCUUUAGAGCUGUCAAUCCACAAGUGGCUCCCGGUAUUAUACCUAAAGCGGACAUUGCCAUCGGCUGCACGGAGGCACAUGAACAGCCACAGGAAUGUACACCUCCAUUAUGAUGAUAGAAAUGCAUAUGAUUUAGUUUAAUGAUUUUAAAUUUGAGCGUCAUUAUUUCUAUAUAGCCUACACUUUCUCCUUCCGAACUUCUAACAGGAGUGUGGCGGGUGUGGAUUUGUGACAAUGGUCGCAUGUGUAGCUGCUCACCGAUUUGCAUUCUGACCUCUGAAACAUCCACUAUGCAGGUGUCUGCUAUCGCUGGUUAAUGUCUGAUCUAAUUGAACCUAGGCCUAAGCCUCCAUCUACCCCUAUUUUCACCUACUUUUCCUUUUCUCAAUGUUUUUUGGUUUGUCAGACUUUCAGAAACUGUUUUAUAUGCGAAUUUAUUUUAUACAUAGAGGUCGGUAUUCAAUCUAAGGCAUGUUUUAGAACAACGCUCCAUACAGCAGACAGUCCGCCUUUUAAAGGCAAUUUCCCCAGCAUUCACAGAGAUGGCAUUCAGUCUCUAGAUCAUCCAUUGGAUUGAAUUCCAGACAAAGCAUUUUUUCUUACAAGGGGAUCUUUCUUUUGCUUUUUUUCCUAUUGGAAAAAUGUGUAAAUCAAUGUUUUUUGUUUGUUUUAAGCUCGUCUUUAUAUGGUUGCUUUCGGAAAUAGUUUAUUGACUUACAAGUAAACCAAGUGUGAAAUAUUUUAGUUAUAAUUUAUUGAAGUACAUUUUGAAUACUAAAUGAUUGAACAAAUUGUUUGUCAUACAGGUAUUUUUAUAUUCACAGUAACAAGUUUCAUUAAAUCUCGUUCAUACUCAUGUAAAGAUUGUUCAAUUCAAUGAGUAAGAGAUGACGUGAGAUGCUACUAUAGAAUGCAUGUGCUAUAUAUAUGGUUAAAGAUCCUGUGGAACUGUGGUAUCAUUUGAUCUUACAAUCAUUCAAAAUGACGACAACACCAGGAAAAAAAGUUAUAGGUUUUUAAUAAAUACAAAUUGUUAUGCUAUAUCUGAUGCUUCUCAUCUACAGCAUUAGGCAGUUAUGCAUCUUCAUAAAGCGAUGUCGGCCGGUGUUCUACAUAGCCGGCAAGUGUUGCUGUAGCGCACGUAAGAGUGGGAGAGGGUUUUUGAGAAGCUCUAUGGCUAACUCGGAUCUUUAUAUCACAUCAUGUGGAUCGGCUUGACUUUCUCAAAUCCAUCACAACAAAGGGGCCUUAAUAAGUCAGAGGGUUUCCAUGGCACAUUAUCUCUGUUUGCCGGGAUUGCAUAGAAAUAACCAUUUACACAAGAAGAAAUAUCCAAAAGAACAAUUGUGCCUGAAGCCAUGAUCUGUUAAUAAAGCAACAGUAUGUGAUUGUUUGAUCAAUGAAAGGAUAACCUCAUGAAAUGCUUUACAAUAGAUCCAGAAGAAUGUUAACUCCAGACGAAACAGACGUCCUAAAAGAGAGGAAUCAUUACAGGAAUGUGUUGUGUGUACAUGAUACUUUUCAAUUCCCUCCUUUCCAAAGUUUCAAAGAUUAAUAGCAAUUUGAGAAGAUAAAAAAGACUGCAUAUAUAUUUAUUUUUGAUCCACUUGCCUACCUAUUCUUACGCCACUUCUCUCCUGUAUCCCACAGUACAUUAAUCAUAACAUUGAAAAGUUAACGAUGAACAAUUAGAAAGUCAUUUAUAGUCAGGUACACAUUUGAGAAAGCUGUGUCAUAUGUAAUAAAGAACUAUAGACAAAAAAACAAAAAACUGUCUUGAUGACAAACUGCUGUACUAAGUACUGGUUCUGCAGCCACAGCUUUCUCCCACAUUCUCCGUUGUGCUGUGUCACUCUGCUGCGUUGCCACUAACAACUAGAUAUUCCACCUGACGCGGCAGAUGGGAAGUGAUCUGUUUAUUUCAGAAUAGGUUUUUCCCUCUAAGGAAUUUCCUUCAUAAUGCAGUAGUAUAUGCUUGCAUAGCCUUACACACACAACCUCUUCGCAUAACUCUUUGGCAUAGAGACAUUCUCUAGUUGUGUAUGUGUGUUUGUAGGUGUGGUUAGUGGCAGCGCAGCAGGAACCAGGGUGCAGAGGUUAAAGGUUGAGUGUCAUGUAAGGGUCAUCUAGCAGGACACUUCGGUGGACUUGAGCGCAGUGCUGCUGUUUGCUGUGCCUUCCAUACUGUCCGUGUGGGAGCGGCCACGCUUCUCGUUGGUGUGUGACCGACUCCUGUUUCCCUCGUUAGUGUGAGACCGGCUCCUGUUGCCAUCCAUGGAGUGGAUGCUGGAGCCUGAUGCAGUGCGAGAGCGGACCAGUCUGGUCAUGCUGGCGGAGGGCACUGAGGAAAGACGAGACAAGGUUAAAUAUCCAUUCACACUGUGUUCAUGGUCAACUGAAUUCUGAAUGUGGGCACUAUAUUUCAUAUUUAUAUUUCAUAAUAAUUAUAGAACAGGUUAACUGGCAUCCCCAUUAUUUUUAUUUCUACUUUGCACAUUCUUCCACUGCAAAUCUACCAUUCCAGUGUUUUACUUGCUAUAUUGUAUUUACUUUGCCACCAUGGCCUUUUUUUUUUGCCUUUACCUCCCUUAUCUCACCUCAUUUGCUCACAUCGUAUAUGGACUUGUUUCUACUGUAUUAUUGACUGUAUGUUUGUUUUACUCCAUGUGUAACUCUGUGUCGUUGUAUGUGUCGAACUGCUUUGCUUUAUCUUGGCCAGGUCGCAAUUGUAAAUGAGAACUUGUUCUCAACUUGCUUACCUGGUUAAAUAAAGGUGAAAUAUUAAAAAUAUAUAUUUUUUAAA